AUGUCUUCCAACGAUAACACCUCCACUCUCAAGUCCUACGUCGACAGCGCCACCGGCGCCGUUCAGAACGCUCUCGGUUCAAUCAUCGGAAGCAACGGUGAUCAGGCCCAGGGUGCUGCCAAGCAAGACAAGGCUCAGGCCGAAUACGAUGCCUCUCACGCUACCGCCAAGCUUCCUGGCUUCACUGCCUCUUCUUCCGGUGCAGUGACCAAGGACGACCCCGAUCGCGCCGCCGGCUCCUGGAACCAGACUGUCGGUGCCGGUAAGGAGACUCUCGGUGGUCUCGUCGGCUCUGAGAACCUGAAGCAGCAGGGCCGCCAGCAGAAUCUUGAAGGUCAGCAGCAAGAGGCUAAGGGGCAGGUCAACGACUUUGCCAGCGGCGCCGCUGAUCGCGUAACGGGUACCGUUGGUGGUGCCGUUGCUGGCCUGACUGGCAACAAGGGUGCUGAAGCCGAGUACCAGCGACAGCACGAUGAGGGCAAGACUACCCAACGUGGAGCUGAGCACGAUAUUCAGAAGCAGAACGAGGUUGGCUCUCAGUAA